AUGAUACCAAUACAACACUUUUCCAUGCGGAAUUUGGUUGUAGAUACUAGUGGCUUUUUGCCAGAAUUCUUGUCAGAUUUGCAUUUACUAAAAGUGACUUUAGCAGAGGGGAAACGGCAUCUUGAGCAGAAAAAGAAGAGGGAAUGUAAAUUUUUCCGAAAUUUCUCUGAUUACCUUAGGUUUCAGAUUUUUAAAUUAUGGAUCUUGGGUGGUGGAAGACAUCAAGCAUUGUAUUCACGUAGUGAUAAAUGGAAGAUCUAG